AUGAUACGUCGAUCGACAAGCACUUUCGCUACGCUUCUUCGAAAUGCUUACGGUGUUCGGGCAGUCCCAACCAGAACAUUUGCGUCUAACAAGGAGAUUUUUGAGAAUGCGCAAGCUAAAUUGAAAACUCUCACAGAAGAACCUGAUGUAGACGUUAAGCUCGAGAUCUACGCUCUGUAUAAGCAGGCUACCAUUGGGGACGUGCAAGGAAGUCGGCCAGGAAUGAUGGAUUUUGCAGGCAGGGCAAAAUAUGACGCUUGGGCAAAAGUGAAGGGUCUUGAACAGGUAACUGGAAGAAAGCCU